AUGGCACUGUGGCUCAUGAGGACCUCUGUCUCCCUAGGCUAUCAGUGUACCUGUCUCUCACAGUUCACCGGGAGAAACUGUGAGUCGGAGAUCACAGCUUGCUUCCCAAACCCCUGCCAGAACGGAGGCUCCUGCGACCCAAUAGGGAACACUUUCAUCUGCAAUUGCAAAGCUGGGCUCACUGGAGUCACGUGCGAGGAGGACGUCAACGAGUGCGAGCGGGAGGAGUGUGAGAACGGGGGCUCCUGCGUCAACGUGUUCGGCUCCUUCGUGUGCAACUGCACUCCGGGCUACGUGGGCCAGUACUGCGGGCUGCGCCCCGUGGUCGUGCCCAACAUCCAGGCGGGCCACUCGUACGUGGGCAAGGAGGAGCUCAUCGGCAUCGCAGUGGUCCUCUUCGUCAUCUUCAUCCUGGUCAUCCUCUUCAUCGUCUUCCGCAAGAAGGUCUUCCGCAAGAAAUACUCACGCAACAACAUCACGCUGGUGCAGGACCCUGCCACCGCCACCCUGCUCAACAAGAGCAACGGCAUCCCGUUCCGGAACCUGCGCGGCGGCGGGGACGGCCGCAACGUCUACCAGGAGGUGGGACCCCCGCAGGUGCCCGUGCGCCCCAUGGCCUAUACGCCGUGCUUCCAGAGUGACUCCAGGAGCAACCUGGAUAAGAUCGUGGAUGGGCUGGGGGGCGAGCACCAGGAGAUGACCACGUUCCACCCCGAGUCCCCACGCAUCCUGACGGCCAGGCGCGGUGUGGUCGUGUGCAGCGUGGCUCCCAACCUGCCCGCCGUGUCGCCCUGCCGCUCGGACUGCGAUUCCAUCCGGAAGAAUGGCUGGGACGCAGGAACCGACAACAAAGGGAUUGAUGAUCCCGGAGAAGUGACCUGCUUUGCAGGCAGUAAUAAAGGCAGCAACUCUGAGGUUCAGUCCCUGAGCUCCUUCCAGUCGGAUUCUGGCGAUGACAAUGCGUCCAUUGUGACUGUCAUUCAGCUUGUCAACAAUGUAGUUGACACUAUAGAGAAUGAAGUGUCUAUCAUGGACCAAGGACAGAACUACAACCGAGCCUAUCACUGGGACACCUCCGACUGGAUGCCCGGGGCCCGGCUGUCGGACAUAGAGGAAGUGCCCAACUAUGAGAACCAGGAGGGAGGGUCUGCACACCAGGGCAGCACGCGGGAGCUGGAGAGCGAUUACUACCUGGGCGGCUAUGACAUCGACAGCGAGUACCCACCCCCCCAUGAAGAGGAGUUCCUGAACCAGGACCAGCUGCCCCCUCCCCUGCCAGAGGACUUCCCAGACCAGUACGAGGCCCUGCCGCCCUCCCAGCCUGUGUCGCUGGCCAGCACGCUGAGCCCCGACUGCAGGAGAAGGCCCCAGUUCCACCCCAGCCAGUACCUUCCUCCCCACCCAUUCCCCAACGACACGGAUUUGGCGGGCCCGCCUGCCGCCUGUGAAUUUAGUACUUUUGCCGUGAGCAUGAACCAGGGCGCAGAGACGGCAGGCCCCGCCGACAGCGUGUCUCUCUCCUUGCACAAUUCCAGAGGCACCUCGUCCUCGGAUGUGUCCGCCAGCUGCGGCUUUGACGAUUCCGAAGCAGCCGUGAGUGACUACGAGAGCGUGGGAGAGCUCAGCCUCGCCAGCCUGCACAUUCCCUUCAUCGAGACUCAGCACCAGACCCAGGUGUAGACGGCACAUCUGCCUGGGCCCUUGGCGCUGUCCGUGGCUGAACCACGGGAAGGAGGCUGGCGGGGUUCGUGCGUCUGCACGGCCAGUGGCCCGAAGGAAACAUGGACUUGCCCCCCGGGAACUUCUUCACAAGUCCUGCUGUCGUGGGCAAGCUCCUGUUGCGCUGGGUGCAAAGGAAAGGCUCCGACUGUUUCUUAGCGGUGACGGGCCGAUAGCCUUGCAGUAGGUAUCUGCGUUCACGACCAAGACGGGGCACCGACUUUCUAUAGGGAGAAUAAACUCCACCUGCUAGGUUAUACAGCCCAUCCUGUAUGGCUUUGUGCAGUAUCGGGACCCGGGAAGGGUUACAGCGGCCAAGGAGGCAGUAUUAAUAACUGGCAACGAGCCAAGAGGCAUUGUUGCAUGUCAUUUUGAGCCAAGGAGGGGGAGGGGAUGAAAAUAGUAGUUACGAUGGUUGGGAAGGUUAGUCUCUUAGGCAAAAGAAAAGAGAAACAAAUAUUACUAAAAAAAAAAAAAAAAAA